ACUGUUUGUUGCCAUGCACCCACCCUCCUUAUAAAAACACGCUUAAUACUCGCCUCUUUCCAACUUAUUUAUUGUACCCAGUUCCUCUAUCUUUCUCAUUCCUCCCACUAUGGAAAUCGCCUCAGACAUGGACGAUGAUGCUUUCUUUGUGGAGUUGAAGAAGCAAAUUACCCUUCUAAUGACGGAUGAAGAUGAACCAUUUCCUAAACCCAAACCCAACUUCCCCAAGAAGAAGACCCCCUUGUUCUUCUCCCCUCAACCAUGCUCUCCUUGGAGCCCUGUUUGGCCGGUCGAUGUGCUCGGAGAACCGAACCAAAUAUUCAGCAGGAAUUUGAGCGCGGGUUUUACAAUUGGUUCAAUGCAAAGAGAGAGCAGCGGCACUGGAGUGUUCAUUCCUCGUGUCUCUGUGUCCCGAAGACGACCUCUUUCUGGUUCGUUUUUUUUUUUUUCUUCCCACAAUAGGAAUCAAUCAAACUUGACAUAUAGAGCUUCUUCCUUUUACUUAUAUAAACAUUGUACCCAAUUCUCUUUCUCAUUUUCUUUUUUAGUAGCAUUCAAAUAAUUUCCUAUUUACACACUCAUAUCUAACCAGUCAUUGUAAUAUGCUGUCAUUUUCAUUUAAUUAGGAACGCCGCCGCCUCAACCGUCCCUUGAGGAUGUCGGACGGUUGAGAGACUGCUAGGAAACUGUAGGAAACCCAAAUGAUAUCACAGAAUGUUCCCGUUAAACCUUUUUUAUUUGGCCCAAAUUGCCUAUCUUAUAUAUUUUACCCAAUUUUUAUUUUAUUGGACUUUUCUUAAGAAGAAUGCGUGAUGGUGCUAAUUGAUAACAGUUAAAAGAGGCCUCAAAUUUGGAAAGAAAGCAUGAAGUUGGGCGUUUCAUUUUCCCAAGACGAUUCAAAUUCAAAAUUAGUGUUUGUGAAUUUACCCUAAAAUUUAAUUAUGAUUGCUUUCUUAAACUGGAUUAAGUUAAUUAACUUCCAAAUAUUGUCAUGGACAUGCUUAGUGGAUUCGGAAGAUUUCUUGACUCGAAUACAAAAGCAAAAGAGCGCGUAUAUAGUUGUAGCAUACAAUGGGGUUAUUUAAGUAAAUUUUUCUCAAACAUGAACAGUGGGAUAAAAAAAGAUUCCAAGAAAUUAAUUUUUUUUUUUUUUUAAUACCUUAGGGUUGUUUGGAUGUAUUUAUUAUGACCGAUAGUUUAUUUUUUCAAGAAAAUUAAUAAUGAUAAUGAAUUAUUUGUUGUUUGACAACGUCCAAAAUAAGUUAUACGAGAUAAACUUAAAUGUAUUAUACAUAAGUUUAUCUUUUCGAAAAGUUUCUUUAAUUUAUUCAAAAUAAUUUGCUGAAAUCCUUUUUUUUUUUGCUAAAAAUAUCAAAAUACAGCUAAAAUCACCAAAAAAAAAA